GCCCUGUUCUCUGGCUGGUCGGGCCAGGCCCGGCGUGUUCCACGAGAGCCCGGCAGACUGACGGGGAGAGAGAGCGAGCGAGAGAGAGAGAGAGAAAGGAGAGAGACAGAGAGAAAGAGAGAGAGAGAAAGGAGGGGAGGAGGAUUCAGGGAAUAGGAGCUGGGGAGCCCUGCUGCGCUACAGAAAAUUUCUAAUGGCUUGGUGAAGAUAGGAAAACCAUCAGAAAGGCUGAAGUACUGUCAAUACUAGUGGGAAUUUAAAAGGGGAGAGUGAAAGUAUAGAGUACAAGCUGGUUGUCUGCAAUUACAGUCAGUGACUGUCUCCACUCUAUGCAAUGUAUAAGUCUGUGUCUGAAACUAGACAUCCUCUGCAGUCAGAAGAACAAGAAGUAGGCAUUGACCCCUUGUUCAGUUAUUCAAAUAAACCAAGAGGAGAUUCAAGUCAAAAUGGAAGAGGAGCAAAUUCUAACUUGGACUCUGAAGGGACGUUCAGUUCAUAUAUGAAAGAAUGGGAAGAACUAUUUGUAAACAACAAUUACUUGGCAACAAUAAGACAGAAGGGGAUUAAUGGGCAGCUGAGAAGCAGCAGGUUCCGCAGCAUUUGCUGGAAGCUCUUUCUUUGUGUUCUUCCUCAAGAUAAAAGUCAGUGGAUAAGUAGAAUUAAAGAACUAAGAGCCUGGUAUAGCAAUAUUAAAGAAAUACAUAUCACUAAUCCAAGGAAAGUUGUUGGCCAACAGGAUCUGAUGAUCAACAAUCCCCUUUCACAAGAUGAAGGAAGUCUUUGGAACAAGUUCUUUCAAGAUAAAGAACUACGGUCCAUGAUUGAGCAAGAUGUCAAAAGAACGUUUCCUGAAAUGCAGUUUUUCCAACAGGAAAAUGUGAGAAAAAUUCUUACAGAUGUUCUGUUCUGUUAUGCUAGAGAAAACGAGCAGUUGCUUUAUAAACAGGGUAUGCAUGAGCUUCUAGCGCCUAUCAUCUUUACCCUUCACAGUGACCACCAAGCUUUUCUACAUGCCAGCGAGUCUGCACAGCCCAGUGAGGAAAUGAAAACUCUCUUGAACCCUGAGUAUCUGGAGCAUGAUGCCUAUGCAAUCUUCUCACAGCUUAUGGAAACUGCUGAACCUUGGUUUUCUACUUUUGAGCAUGAUGGUCAAAAGGGAAAAGAAACUCUGAUGACCCCCAUUCCCUUUGCUCGACCACAGGAUUUAGGACCAACAGUUGCCAUUGUUGCAAAAGUCAAUCAGAUCCAAGAUCAUCUACUGAAGAAACAUGAUAUUGAGCUCUACAUGCACUUGAACAGACUAGAAAUUGCACCACAAAUAUAUGGAUUACGAUGGGUGCGGCUGCUCUUUGGGAGAGAGUUCCCUCUGCAGGACCUGCUGGUGGUCUGGGAUGCCUUGUUUGCUGAUGGCCUCAACCUGAGCUUAGUCGACUAUGUCUUCACAGCCAUGCUACUCUAUAUCCGAGAUGCUUUGAUUUCUAGUAACUAUCAGACCUGUCUCGGCCUUCUGAUGCAUUAUCCACUCAUCGGGGACAUACACUCACUGAUACUGAAGGCUCUGUUCCUUAGAGACCCAAAGAGAAAUCCAAGGCCAGUUACUUACCAGUUCCAUCCCAAUUUAGACUACUACAAAGCACGGGGAGCUGACCUGAUGAACAAAAGCCGGACCAAUGCCAGAGGUGCUCCCCUGAAUAUACACAAAGUCUCCAACAGCUUGAUUAACUUUGGAAGAAAGUUGAUUUCCCCAGCCUCAGCUCCAGGCAGUAUGGGUGGCCCUGUACCUGGGAGCAAUAGCAGCAGUUCCUUCUCUGCUGCCAUCCCCACCAGGACCCCCACAGAAGCCCCAAGGCAUCAUUUGCUUCAGCAGCAGCACCACCACCACCAGCAGCAGCAGCAGCAGCAGCAGCAGCAGCAGCAGAGGCUGAUGAAAUCUGAAAGCAUGCCAGUACAGUUAAACAAAGGCGACAUAGUUACAGGAAGCGAUGCUCAGGUUUCUGUUCCUGUCCAGGCUCUAACUGACCUCCAAGGACAAAGUUCAAAAACCAUCAGUUCAUCUCCAAGCAUCGAGAGUUUGCCUGGGGGGAGAGAAACCACUGGCUCCCCACCUUCAUCUGCUACUAAAAGGGAUUCCUUUUUCAGCAACAUCACACGUUCCCGUUCACACAGCAAAACUAUGGGCAGAAAAGAAUCUGAGGAAGAACUAGAAGCCCAGAUCUCCUUCCUACAAGGACAGCUGAAUGACCUGGAAGCCAUGUGCAAGUACUGUGCAAAGGCCAUGGACAUGCAUCUAGUAAAUAUUCAAGAUGUGGUAUUACAAGAGAAUUUGGAAAAAGAAGAUCAAAUUCUGGUAUCCUUGGCAGGAUUAAAACAGAUCAAAGACAUUCUGAAAGGUUCCCUGCGCUUCAACCAGAGCCAGCUGGAGGCAGAGGAGAAUGAGCAGAUCACCAUCGCUGAUGACCACUACUGCUCCAGUGGCCAGGACCAGGGCAGCCAAGUUCCUAGGGCCUCCAAGCAGGCCUCAUCAGAGAUGCCAGGGUGCACGGGUGGAGCGACCUCAGACGACUUCAUUCUGGUUUCCAAAGAAGAGGAGGGCCACCGUGCCAGGGGGCCCUUCUCAGGCCAGUCCCAGCCUCUUCUCACCCUCAAAAGCACAUCUGGAAAAAGUCGAGUCCCAGCCUGCUCCCCACUGGUGUUCUCAGACCCACUGAUGGGCCCAGCCUCAGCCUCUUCCAGCUCCAGCCCAGAUGAUGAUAGCAGCAAGGACUCUGGCUUCACCAUUGUGAGCCCCUUGGACAUCUGAACACAGGAACCCAUUAGCAGAGACCCUGCUGAACCAGUGUUUCUUUCCCAGCAUGCAUUUGACAUUGGUUCAACCCACUGGACCUCUUUACAAAGAGGCAACUGUGCUUCUUUCAAUGUACUAUGUUUACCAAGAUGCAGAUAAGUUUUCCAGGCCCUUACCUGACCCUGUGGCCCUUGUUCCCAUUAGGGCCAGGUCAGGUCCCCAGCUCCAUACCCACUGUCAGACACACCACACUGCAACAGAACCACAUGUCUUCCAUCCCUCCUCCCCAGCAGCUCUGCCAAUUUACUCUCAGAAAGAAAAGUUGGUUUCUAGACUUCCUCUUAUCAAAGCUUCAGCCACAGGGAACUUGUUGGUACUGUGUGAAAUCUGGCAGGCAGCCUCCCUCACUCCUGCCUUGGAAGCCCAACCACACACUUGCCACACAGAGGGAUCAGAGCAAGUGGCUCCCAGGGCUGGAGUCCAAGUGAACUGUAGGAGCAGGGUCUCAGAUUAGGAAUCAGAUUCUUGUUUAACACGAAUACAUCUGGUCCCUGGGCUACAUAAACUUCAGCCACCACUGUUCCUCCUUGAACAACUUUAUUUCUCCUUCCAGAGUCCCCACAGCCAGCAGUGCGGUGGCUCUAUGCCAGUGUGCACUGAGGUGGUUCUAAGAGUCGUAGGACUAAUAUCCUUGAAUUGGAGAAAUGUGUCCGGAGCUCUCUGGUUUCAGAGCUAUAGUGGCCUGUUAAGUGAGGAGCGCAGAGGACAACCACGUUCACACCACCCAGAGUCAGAGCCCCUGGGAACUAGACCUGGAGUCCCUGUGGGAGCAGGCUCCCUGUAGAACAUUCCAGGGGCAACAAGGAUGCAGGGCUCCUACUCAGCCCCUCCCCAUUCUUGGAGCUCAGCUGUCAACUCUGCAUCCAGACACUUGCAAGGAUGGAGCUGACUGCCUCAGGGCCCCUGCCUGGGUUGGGUGUAUGUGAGACACCUCCUUGUCUAUUGGCCGAGUUGGACACAAAGCUAGGGACAGUGGAGACUGUGGAUAGAUGGAACAACUGGUAGAUGCUACCUCUGCCCUCUCUCCUCCUCAGAGAGCAGCUGGGCCUCUGGGCAGUGCCCCACUCAUUGAUAGCAUUGUCAUUCUCUACAGACAGGAAUGCUAAUCCAUGAAGCUCCCUCCUGAGAAAAUGGGCAUGCUCCAGUCAGCUGCUCUGCGGGCUUCUCCUUAGCUGUCCUGGGUAGCAGGGCUGAUGGCUCACUCACGUGGUGGUGAGGCUCAGUGAUGGGCUCAUGAAUACUGCCCCCUGCCUCCGACCAGUCCUCUCAGCAUUCUGAGGAGCCUGUUUCUAUACAUGUCCCAUAAAGAUGCUAUGUGAGAACCAGGGCCACUGUAUAAUAGGCAUGCGUCCCCUGAGGGAAGGCUGUCAGCAGUCAUCCACCCGAAGGCUUGACUUAAGGUGUCUCACCUUUGAUCUAGGGUAGGAAGUAGUGACUGAUCCCUCCAGGUCUGUUGCAACGGAGCCUGUCCCCAGCAUCUCCUUUGUAUUGAGAAUAAGAGCAACAGAUGACUAUCACUGGCUACCCACCAGGCCAAGGUGAUACGCUGACUCCUUGCCAUUUGAACGGGCAUUUCAUAGUCCCUCAACCUACCUGCCCCGCCCAGGCCCAUGAUGCACCCCCUGCUGUGCUUGUGUGGGUGCCACAUGAGAACCCCCAGGUUCACACUGAGAGGUUUCUGUGGCCCCUGGUCAGGGCACUCUCUCCUUGGAAGAACCAAGGAUGGAAAGAGCUCUCUUUCCAUCUUCCUUUCUUCUUCCAUUCUUCCUUGAUGAGCAUUGCUUCCCUUUGUUCCCUCCAUUGCUGGUGUGGAAUGCAUUACUUCCCUAGUAUUUUAUCAGGUACUUCUGUCUAAUUGUACAUUUUAAAGUCCUGGAUAUAUAGAACCUUUUUCUUUAACCACAUGGUAAUCAUCAGUUUCAAUCUCUCACAUUUUGAUUAUAGCAGCUAAUAGAGUUUGAUAUCAGCCAAGCUUAGAUUAAGCCCCACUGUCGUCUGCUUUUUUAUACACAUUUUUGUUUUCCGUGCCCCACCCAUUAAUCUGUGAUGAGAUUGGAAGUGUGCUACGGAGGGUCACAGCCUUGCCUUGUCUCAUGGGUGUGCCUCGCUUCGGUUCUCAGGGCCUUCCUGGCUUAGUUUGGCAAGAUGACCUUCUGCUCUGCACUAACUGCAACUUGAAGCGACCACACUGCUGACGAGUGCAACUCUGGAACAGCCGCUUCCCUGGAGCCCACUUGUGAUGCAGAAUCUCCUCUGCACAGGGGUCAGCUGUGCUGGACCAGCCUGCCAGCCAUGCCUUUAAUGUCAGAAAAGCUGAGUAAAUGCCACAGCUCCAGCUGUAGCCUGCUGUUCAGUGCAGGUUGCUCUUUGCUUGCUAAAAGCUCUCCCAGUGGCUACCAAAGGACGAAGUGGGGGGCGCCUGUGGCCUGCCUCAGCCAGUGCCAUCUCUCUUCCCCGGGGACACAUUUACCCAGAGCAGGAUCUGCUGGGAAGUGAGAGCUGGGGGAGAGGCCGCGUGCGUGCGUGCGUGCGUGCGUGCGUGCGUGCGUGCGUGCGUGCGUGCGUGCGUGGAGAGCUGUGGAGGCAGGCUCUUCACAGAUCACAUGGCCUCCUCCACAUUAGGCUCAAAAGCUUCUGUCUUGUUGAAAAGAGGUGUCGUCCCUAGAGCCAGGCUGGUGUAGCAGUUAGCCUUUGGCUCAUGAGGCUCAGCUCAUCUAGUUGAUGUCCCAGCAGUGCCAACAAUGUCCUCAUGCGUCUUCCUGCCGGAACUCAUACUGAUGUAGGAAAUGACUCCUUUGGCAGAGUGAGCCCACUUGAUGUGUACUAAUAAAGGACUACUGAGAACUGGGACAACA